AUGACAGGACUAUUCUCAUUUCUAUGGCCGUCUUCAACGACCCCAGCCAUCACCAUUCCUACAUACUACCAGGGCGACAACGAGGACCACAUUGACCUGCAAAUCAAGUCUCUCACCUUCAUGUACAAGCGUUGCAAUCGCCAGAUCCACACUCCGUUCCGCAGAGACUCGUCGGAAGACAUGACCAAGGACGUCAAAGAGUGUCUGAUGCGCCACAAGCUCAACAAAAAGCGGUCGCAUCAGGUGCUUCCAACAGCUCUCAGCAGCGAGAAGAAUAAUCUGCGACCAUCACGGUCCGAGGAGGACUUUACAGGCAUGACUGCCAGCGAGGUGGAAAAACUCGACAUCAUGUACAACCGCAGCGAGUUUGAGCGCCAGCUGUUCAACGACCAACACAGAAUCACCAUUGACUGGGCCAAAAACAAGUUUCGAAGCGUCUGUAUUCUGACCGCCAUGCCUGCCCAUUCGUCCACUCUUCCAGUUAUCGACAAGCUCAACAACUGCAAGUUCACUCUGCUCCGAGCCGACGCCACCGACGAAGAGUACAUCCGCACCCUGGCCGACUCAGAUCUCUACCGGGAACACAACAUUGCUCGAAACACCCGAAUGCGGUUUGCGAGAGACUGCAUCGACCGCACUCGGGACGCCAAACAGCCCAGCUCCGCUAACUUCACCAAGGAUGAGCGUGCCCUCAUCAUCCGCACCUUUCUGCAGAAGCUGGCAGUCGAAGUCCAGGUCCAGAGACUGUACCGAGGAGCGUUCAGAGAACGACUGCGAGAAAAGGAGAAGGAGUCGACCAAGGGAACUCUCAAGCUGCACAAGUCUGCCUCUAAGGAAAAUUUCAAGGACUUUGUCACCUCGUCUUCUAGAGACAGUCUCAGAGACACCAUCUUCCAGCUUGAAGAGUCUUCAGCUAUUCCCAACGCCGCUCCCCGACCCUCUACACCCCGAUCACCUAAACUCGAGGUGCGAUCUCUUAACAUCCCCACUCACACCCCGUCGCUCAAGGGAAAGAAGUCUCACGCUGAGCUGUUUCUGCUCAUGUCUCCAGAGAAGCAAAAGUCGUACUUUGACCCUCCUCUGAGUCCCCCCAAGCAGCAGUCAUCUCCCAGUCCCAACAGCUCGCCCACCCGGUCUCCUCGACGGCAGUACAACACUCCGAACCUGCCCAUCACCAACAGCGGCACCUCUUCUUCGUCUAACCGGCUCAAGAAGAAGGCCAGCACCAUGAGCCUUGGCAGCGGCUGCGGUGCGCCUCACAUCCCUCCUCCUCCUACAUACGCUCCUUCUACCUCUCCCGAAUCUGCCAAUUCCAUCAAUUCGUGCGUCUCCACCGCGACGUCCACAACCUCCAUCAGUUCUCGCACCACAGCCGUCUCCGAGGCCACUCUGAGCGAAGAUACUAACCGCGAGCUGCUCGCCCAGGCUCGUAUUGCCGUGCGGUCGCGUCUGGAGAGCGAAAAGAUGCGAAUUUUCGGCCCUUAA